AUGGUGACGGUGAUGGUUGGCCUCUUGGGGUCUUUGCACCUGUGUCCCUCUGUCCUUCCAUCGCCAUCAAGUGAAUUGGCCUCAAGUCGUCUUCUUCACUGGAGCCGUCCAAUUUCAAAUCAUCAGAGCUCGACUCUCCCACGGUCGCCCGUGAAGGAAGAUUUCAGCAAUAAAGAUCUUGGAGAUCUCAAGUACUGCCUCGGGAUCGAGAUUCAUCGCAAGCGCGAAGAUGGAACGAUCAAGAUGAACCAGAAGGCGUACAUCAAGCGACUUUCGGAGAAGUUCGGCGUUGAAAACUGCAAGGACGUGCACACGCCGGCGGACAGUAACUCGAAGCUGAUCAAGAUAGGUCAAGAGGAAGCGUUUGUACCAAAGUACCCAUACCGUGAGCUGGUGGGCGCUUUAAUGUACAUCGCCACAUGUACACGACCGGACAUUGCGCAUGCGGUUGGCGAAGUUGCGAAGUUUUGCGAGCGCUACGACAAGUCGCAUUGGACAGCAGCAAAGCGGAUUCUCAAGUAUCUCAAGACGACUCAAGACUUAAGCAUCGUUUUCAGCGGCAUCAACAAGGGAGAGCUGAUCGGAUUCGCGGAUGCCAACUGGGCUGGCGACCUCGACACGCGGCGUUCGACAACAGGAUACGUUUUCUUCCUGUACGGAAGCGUGAUAUCGUGGAAUUCGAAGCGUCAACCAACGGUCGCGACCUCAAGUACGGAAGCAGAGUACAUGAGUCUGUACAGCGCGACGCAGGAAGCAAUUUGGCUUCGAGGUCUGCUCAAGGACCUGAACUACUGUGCCAAGAACGCGACGACGAUAAUUCAAGACAAUCAAGGAUGCAUCGCGCUGGCCAAGAAUCCUGUGUACCACUCGCGCACGAAGCACAUCGACAUCAAGUUUCAUUUUUUGCAUAGCAAGUGCAGUGAUCGCGCUCGAGUUCAAGCCGACGGAAGAAAUGGUCGCGGAUGGAUUCACCAAGGCACAUCCAAGAGACAAGCACGGGAAGUUCAUCACGGGUCUGUGCAUGGUGGUGUAGGGCGCACACGUCGCACGCACAUCAAGGAAAAGUGUUAG